AUGGCUCAAUCACAUGCAACUCGUUUACUGCUGUGUCUUUUCAUCACAAUAUGUGUUGGCGUCCCGUUCCAGCCGCGUCGGUCCACUCAGCUCGAACAAAUCUGUGCCAAAACCCAUGUUGGCAUCACACCCUGGAACGCACCACUCCUGACCUGGGACAAGAAAGCCAAGAGAUCUCCCAGAGAUUACCUAGAGCCGGCCAAAAAGCCCUACGGCAAAGCCGUCGCCCGCUGGCAGAGGAAAUUCUUCGAACAGAGUGACAUCGACUCAUCGGACGGAGAAUCCAAACCUGAGAUUGACCCCAUUCGAACAGGGGCGCCUACCCUGAUCACCAUGAUCUACGAGAACCCCUUGAAAGAAUCGACUAUGCGGGAGUAUCUUCGACGUUUCGAGUUGCUGGUGAACAUUCACGAGCAGAUAAUCGUCUACACGUCCGAAAAGCUCGCUGACGUCAUCAAGAAAAUGCGAAAGGAGGAUCAAGAUCACUUCAUCGUCAUUACCAAGUUCGACAGUGUAUGGGAUAUCCCUAACAACAAGGGCCAGAAGGAGAACUUCGAAAAUAUACAACCGAAGCUGUACAAGGAGUUUGACGGCUUCGGUGCGUUUAACCCUUUAGGAAGGAUCAUGGACAUGUAUCAGUCAGCCAUCUACAACGCCAAAGUAGCUGUCAUCUUCGAUGCGAUCACCCAGAACAACAAGUUCGGAUCCGACAAGUGGCUUUGGGCCGAUUGUGGCUUAAUCAUUGUGAAGGCAGAAAAAGCUGCGCCUGGGACCGCUUGGGGAGAAGUCCUCAGCCAUUUCUUUGACGACGACAAGUUUGAGCGAUCCAUCCGCCUCACUGGAAAUUCCGGUGUCGUCGUGCAGGAAUACGGUGCAGGUGACCGCCCGAGGGGGGCAGAUAUCGACAGUAUCACAUCAGAUGGAUGGACCACCCCUCGCCGAGAGUGGAAGACGUUCCGUUAUCUAGCGAUGGUCUGGGCCGGGAGCUCCCUUGGAAUGCUGGAGUGGGCGGUGAAGUUUAUGCAAACAUUCGACGAGAUGGACGCGAACGGUUUCUACGUGGCCCGCGAGGAAGUCGUCAUGUCAUACACUGCCCUGCGGUAUCCCAACACCGUCUUUAGUAUUCCUUACUAUGAAACAAACACGCCGUUGCAGCUGGGAUUCCCGGGGAGGAGCUACCCGGCGAGAACGGCCUGGUCGGCAUACGGUGGCCGGGCUACCGCACCGCCUAUCAAUGACCCGCUGUCGACUGUCUACUGUCCCGGCGGCGUGUAUCAACCUCAACGACCAAACUUGAGAAUGGGGGAGUGGUAG